AUGCGUGGCGGCACCCUCGAAAGGAAUGCGAGCUGCGGUCUGGUUCUGGCGCCCGCCUUGCAACCGCCACGCUUCUUCUGCCCUUCGUGCAGGGCGCUGCAGCCCCCCGUGCCCCGCGCCGACCUCUUCCGUCUCCUGGGAUGCGAGCGCAGCUUCCAGGUGGACGUGGGCCUCAUCCAGCAGCGCUUCCGGAGCCUUCAGCGAGCGCUGCACCCCGACUUCUUCAGCCAGAGACCUCAGGCAGAGCAGAAUUUUUCCAAGCAACACUCUUCUCUGGCUAACAAAGCCUACCGGAUGCUCCUGAGCCCCCUGAGCUGUGGGCUGUACCUGCUGGAGUUGAAUGGAGUGGAGCUGGAGAAAGGAACAGACCCUGAGGCAGACCCUGAGUUUCUCUCGGAAAUCAUUAAACAUUAA